CCCGCGCUCGCGGCCGGACACACACCGCCUUCGGCUGCCGGCGGAGCGCGCUGGGGCCGCCGCGGCUGCUGCGGAAGCGCGGAGACCGGAAAGCGACGGCCCGGCCGCCCGGCCCGGCCCCCGGAGCGCGGAGCCGCCCAGAGGAAGUGACUGGGUUCCAGAGAUGUUAAGCCACCUGUCCAGGGUCACCCAGCCAGGAGAUGACUGAGAGAGGAGACCGGACUGCACAUUCCUUCCUACUACCGAAUAUUUUUUGAGUGCCUACUAUGUGCCAGCCUGUGCUAGGCAUUGGAGACACUGGUGGAAAAUUGCAGCGUGUUACCCGCUCUCCUGGUGCUCAUCACCCUGUGAGAGUUAUGUCAUGCCCAGACCAGCAGAGGGCUCCAUGAGGAUUUAUAGAAGAUGCCCCGCGUCUUGGCGCCUUUGGUGCUGCUUCCCGCGUGGCUCGUGAUGGUCGCCUGCAGCCCGCACUCCUUGAGGAUCGCUGCUAUCUUGGAUGACCCCAUGGAGUGCAGCAGAGGGGAGCGGCUCUCCAUCACCCUGGCCAAGAACCGCAUCAACCGCGCUCCUGAGAGGCUGGGCAAGGCCAAGGUCGAAGUGGACAUCUUUGAGCUUCUCAGAGACAGCGAGUACGAGACUGCAGAAACCAUGUGUCAGAUUCUCCCCAAGGGGGUGGUCGCUGUCCUGGGACCCUCCUCCAGCCCGGCCUCCAGCUCCAUCAUCAGCAACAUCUGUGGGGAGAAGGAGGUCCCUCAUUUCAAAGUGGCCCCAGAGGAGUUUAUCAAGUUCCAGUUCCAGCGAUUCACAACCCUGAACCUCCACCCCAGCAACACGGACAUCAGCGUGGCUGUAGCUGGGAUCCUGAACUUCUUCAACUGUACCACCGCCUGCCUCAUCUGUGCCAAAGCAGAAUGCCUUUUGAACCUGGAGAAGCUGCUCCGGCAAUUCCUUAUCUCCAAGGACACGCUCUCGGUCCGGAUGCUGGAUGACACCCGGGACCCCACCCCACUCCUCAAGGAGAUCCGGGAUGACAAGACAGCCACCAUCAUCAUCCAUGCCAACGCCUCCAUGUCCCACACCAUCCUCCUGAAGGCAGCUGAACUAGGGAUGGUGUCGGCCUAUUACACAUACAUCUUCACUAAUCUGGAGUUCUCUCUCCAGAGAAUGGACAGCCUGGUGGAUGAUCGUGUCAACAUCCUGGGAUUUUCCAUUUUCAACCAGUCGCAUGCUUUCUUCCAAGAGUUUGUCCAGAGCCUCAACCAGUCCUGGCAGGAGAACUGUGACCAUGUGCCCUUCACUGGGCCUGCGCUGUCCUCAGCCUUGCUGUUUGACGCCGUCUAUGCUGUGGUGACCGCAGUACAGGAGCUCAACCGGAGCCAGGAGAUCGGCGUGAAGCCCCUGUCCUGUGGCUCGGCCCAGAUCUGGCAACAUGGCACGAGCCUCAUGAACUACCUGCGCAUGGUAGAAUUGGAAGGUCUCACCGGCCACAUUGAAUUCAACAGCAAAGGCCAGAGGUCCAACUAUGCCUUGAAAAUCUUACAGUUCACCAGGAAUGGUUUUCGGCAGAUCGGCCAGUGGCACGUGGCGGACGGCCUCAGCAUGGACAGCCGCCUCUACGCCUCCAACAUCUCCGACAGCCUCUUCAACACCACUCUAGUUGUCACCACCAUCCUGGAAAACCCGUAUUUAAUGCUGAAGGGGAACCACCAGGAGAUGGAAGGCAAUGAUCGCUACGAGGGCUUCUGCGUGGACAUGCUCAAGGAGCUGGCAGAGAUUCUCCGGUUCAACUACAAGAUCCGCCUGGUUGGGGACGGUGUGUACGGUGUUCCUGAGGCCAACGGUACCUGGACAGGAAUGGUCGGGGAGCUGAUCGCCAGGAAAGCAGACCUGGCCGUGGCAGGCCUCACCAUUACUGCUGAGCGGGAGAAGGUGAUUGAUUUCUCCAAGCCAUUCAUGACUCUGGGAAUUAGCAUUCUUUACCGAGUUCAUAUGGGACGCAAACCUGGCUAUUUCUCCUUCCUGGACCCAUUUUCUCCGGGCGUCUGGCUCUUCAUGCUUCUAGCCUAUCUGGCCGUCAGCUGCGUCCUCUUCCUAGUGGCUCGGUUAACCCCCUACGAGUGGUACAGCCCCCACCCGUGCGCCCAGGGCCGCUGCAACCUCCUGGUGAAUCAGUACUCCCUUGGCAACAGCCUCUGGUUUCCUGUUGGGGGGUUCAUGCAGCAGGGUUCCACCAUCGCCCCCCGAGCCUUAUCUACCCGCUGCGUCAGUGGCGUCUGGUGGGCAUUCACGCUGAUCAUCAUCUCAUCCUACACGGCCAACCUGGCGGCCUUCCUGACUGUGCAGCGCAUGGAUGUGCCCAUUGAGUCGGUGGAUGACCUGGCUGACCAGACCGCCAUUGAGUAUGGCACAAUUCACGGAGGCUCCAGCAUGACCUUCUUCCAAAAUUCCCGCUAUCAGACCUACCAACGCAUGUGGAAUUACAUGUAUUCUAAGCAACCAAGUGUGUUUGUGAAGAGCACAGAAGAGGGAAUAGCCAGGGUGUUGAAUUCCAACUAUGCCUUCCUUCUGGAAUCCACCAUGAAUGAGUACUACCGGCAGCGAAACUGCAACCUCACUCAGAUUGGAGGGCUGCUGGACACCAAGGGCUACGGGAUCGGCAUGCCAGUUGGUUCAGUUUUCCGGGAUGAGUUUGACCUGGCCAUCCUCCAGCUGCAGGAGAACAACCGCCUAGAAAUUCUGAAGCGCAAAUGGUGGGAAGGUGGCAAGUGCCCCAAGGAGGAAGAUCACAGAGCCAAAGGACUGGGAAUGGAGAAUAUUGGUGGAAUCUUUGUGGUUCUUAUUUGUGGCUUAAUCGUGGCCAUUUUUAUGGCUAUGUUGGAGUUUUUAUGGACUCUCCGGCACUCAGAAGCUACUGAGGUGUCCGUCUGCCAGGAGAUGGUGACCGAGCUGCGCAGCAUCAUCCUGUGUCAGGACAGUGUGCACCCCCGCCGGCGGCGCGCCGGGGUGCCUCCGCCGCGGCCCCCCGUCCCCGAGGAGCGCCGGCCGCGGGGCACCGCGACGCUCAGCAACGGCAAGCUGUGCGGGGCCGGGGAGCCCGACCAGCUGGCGCAGAGACUGGCCCAGGAGGCCGCCCUGGUGGCCCGCGGCUGCACGCACAUCCGCGUCUGCCCCGAGUGCCGCCGCUUCCAGGGCCUGCGCGCGCGGCCGUCCCCGGCGCGCAGCGAGGAGAGCCUGGAGUGGGAGAAGACCACCAACAGCAGCGAGCCCGAGUAGCCGCCGCGCCGGACCGAGGAGGCCGGGCCGAGGCCCUGGGGAGGCGGGGGCGGCCGGGGCUCGGACAGCGGGCGCGGCUCUCCGAGCCUGGAUCCGGGCCCGCCCGGAGGGGUCGCGAGCCGAGCCAGCGCCCCGCGUCCGGGGGCGGGGCGCUGGGUCCCCCGGGCGGCGAGGGCCCGCCCCCCUCCCUCCCGACCGCAAGGACCCGUCCCCUCCCGGGGGGCCUCUCCCUCCCGCCAGAAUUGCAGAGUCUGGGGUGGGGGUCCCUGCGCAGACCCGCCCAAUGAAUCGGUGGAAUCAUCGGUGGGAUGUCCCCCUAGGAGGGGGCCAUUGUACCCCGGGUCUAGUUCUUACAGGAAAACACAUUAAACUCAACAGGGAAGUUUUUCUUUUCUUGGAUUUGUAUAUUUUUGUUAAUGUUCUUUUGUUUUCCCUUCCGCCCCCCUCCCCGCCCCACUUUUCUGCUUUGUUCUCUUCUCAGUUCUGUUUGUUUUGGGGUGGUGUUUUGGUUUUCGUGUCUUGGAGGGGGAGACUGGGUUAGGCAAUGGAAGUCUAAAUAAUCCGUUUCUUUUUCCCAAAUUGUAGGAUGUGGAGCCGCCAGUGCGUCGGAUUUCAGGUGCUCACCUCUCUUUCCUGAGUGGGGGUUGGGGGCACCAGAGUGUAGGAGGAGGAUCUUUGGGAAGAAUAAGACGGAAAGUCUCAAAAGUCCAUUAAAGUAAUUUCUUAAAUGCCAAAAUCCAAUCAACUCAUAGUUUACUCAGAGAGACCUUGAGAUGCCUGGGAUUUCAGAAGUUAAUGUCUUUUCUUUCUCUUUCUCCUCUUUUUGACGUUCACUAUCACUGGGUUUGAUUUUGGUCCUUUGGUGAAUGUGAUCUCUAAAGAGAGAGGGAGACCAGAAUGCAUGACGUGUCCUGGAGCCUCGCUUAAUUAAGGAGCAGAGUGGGGUGAUACAUUUUUCCCAUACUCUGGCCCUGCCUCCAGAUGGAAUGUGCUAGUCACAGGGGAGGAGUGGUAGGGCCACCUUGUUGGUAUGGGGCAGACUUUGUCAACAGCAUCUCUUUCUAACCAAACCCAGUAGCUGCCUAUGAAGCCAGACCCCCCAAGGCUAUCAUGGGUUGGGUAAUUUCUUUCUACUAGGUUCUGAGACCUGGGUGCAGGCGUGUGCAUGAGUGUGUGAGCGUGUGCUGUGUGUGUUUAUUAAGUGGAAAGACCUUAAGUAAUCGAGAAUUUGCCACAUUCCUAGGAGACAGGUGGAGACUCACAGCUAAUACACAGGCCUGGGAACUGGGGACUCCUGAGCCCUAAACUCAGCAUGGGCAGAAAUCCCCUUGUGUGACUUUGAGUAAAACAUUUAACUUCUCUUCCAUCCACAAAAUCAGUUACUGAUGCUUUCCAGGCUUUCAGAUGGCUGCUCGUUACCACUCCUCUUGUGAGAUGUUUGCAGGGUCCAGCGCACUCAGCUGAUGGGAGGGGUGAGGCUUCCCAGCAACUGCUUGACCUUUGCUUGGCUUCGCCAGUUGGGAGUUUCAUGCAGAGAGUUUUCAUUUUCUGAUGGAAAACAAAUUCUAUGCAACUUCUGAUUGUAAACUUAGAAAAUUCAGAGAAAGAGAGAAUUAAACAGCCCCUACCACCACCUCCACCUCCACCACCACCUUGAAUCAAAUUGUCCUCACAUUUCUGUUCUGAAUGUACUAAAAUAAAACCAUCUUUGGAAGAUGAUGAGCUUAAUUCCAUGUUUUGUUUUGUUUUUUGUGGUUUUUUGUUUGUUUUUUGCUUUUUUACCAUCUGGGUAGUUGAACAUCUUCUGUGUGCCAGGCCAGUUAGUUAGGACUGCCAUCCUGGGGGCCAAAUCAGGGGGACCCUGAUUUUUCCAGUAAAGGAUGCCAGUUUUGUCCUAGGCUGUCCUUCUCCCUCAUGAUUUGGAUUUUUUUUUCCUUUUCUUCUUUAACCAUCAAAUGAUGGCAAGCUCUAAGAGGACACGAGCAUUUUUUUUCAACCUUGCCUCGAGUCUUGUGGAUUUGGUGGGAAGGGCACCGAAGGCCGCCUGACCACAGACCCCAAUGGUGCCACACUGUUCCAACCCACAGCUCCAUUCCCUGCUUCCGGCAAUGUGGUCCCUACUGUCAGAUCACAUUUGGGGCGGGGAGGGUUGUUUUUUUAAAAACUCGUUUUUAUGAGCAGGAUAUCUUGAUCAAUAGCCAACUUUUUUUAAUGGAUUAGUGGAAUAAAUGUCCCCAUGAAUCAUUUAUAAAGUCUGUUCCUUUCACCGUGUGGAGUAAAGAUAAGGCUGACAGUGCUAGACAGUUUCUAUUAGCUGCUGGAACUAUUGCUACACCUCACUCAAGCUGGUGAGUGAACCUGCAACCAGCUAGUUCUCUUCCUUGGUUUGU